CGAACGGACACAAACUGGGCUGGUUAUUUAGUGCCGCGUUUCUACCCGUUUGUGACGCUACUUUCUAUCUCGUUAUACAAAUGCCGAGGCUACCAAAAGUUCCCAAGGAAAAGAUUGUUCAAAUCAUUUUAGAGAAAAGAUCAGAAAUAGUGAAAGAUGGCAGAAUCACUGUGCCAUCAGACAAAGUGUGGAGUGAACUUAGUCAAAACCUGAAUGGUGUUAUAUCCUCCAAGGCUCUUUACACAUUAGUGAAAAGAAAUGGGUAUAAUGUCUGCCAGGACCUUGGUGUGGAAUAUGUGCAGACAAAACAAGAGCCUGACCAGGAAGAAUCGGAUGAAACAGAUGACAGCAGCGAGCAAGAAUAUUUUGAGGGAGCUGAGACCACCAUGGAUGACUACUUGCAAACUUCUGCUGAAGAUUUAUCCAAACUGGUGAGCUGGGCGCACAGUCACGGUACCAUCUGCACUGUCAUUCCUGGGCUAAAGCACUUGCUGAGUGGGGGGUCCCAUGGCCACCUUACAGCCAUGUGGGGGUGCAGCGCAGGGCACGCCUACCACUGGGCUUUGACGGCUGCUUGUGGCUCCAGGCCAAAGGAGUUGGUUUCCGAGCAGGACGGCCACCACGGGGGUGUAUCUGGUAUGCCGCCUGGCUCCGGUGACAGGAUUUUGGGUAGGGCCUCCAAAGUGGAAACUCACUGUGUGCAAGUGAGCGAAUCCUGUGACAUUUCGAACUGCAGCGACCCGUCGGAGAUGGACGACAACGCGGAGGAGUACAGCAGCACGCUCCUGGACGCGGCCUGCGAGUCCUCGGCGACGGAUGAAGAUGGCGAUUAUGAGCGUCAGCUGCACUAUAUGGCCAGAAAGAGGGGAAGCUGUAAGCUAUCACAGGGGCAGGCAGGCUUCCAGAGGUCAGAGGAGGGACUCUGGGAUUCGGGGGUGAAAAAAAUUAAGCAAGAGAUGCCUGAGGACUAUUACACUGUGCUGGGUGCCCAGCUGACUGGGUCUUGUGACAGCGGCCCUUCGUCGCUUUCUGUGUCCCGGUUGGGUCGACAGGUUGCCCUGCCCCAUCCACCAGGCAGGACGUCCCUUCUGCACAUGGGCGGUCACAAACCCCCUGUCACCGAUCUGAACGCAGAGUCCCCUUCACAUUCGCCACUCCCUACGGCUGCAGCCAAAGCCCUUUGCGGGCUGGCCCCGUGCGGACAAAGUAGGUUGCUGGGGAACGUGGCACCUCCUAGCCCGGUGGAUGCUCUCCAGAGGCUGGACCCAGGCCCCAGUUCGGGAUGCAGUGAGGCGGCACGCAGUCCCCUCCCGGCCAUGCAGCUGGACGGUCACGGAGAGCUGAUGGAGACUGUGUCCAGUGAGGAUCUGAUGAAGUGCGAUGGGGCAUCCCUGUCAUAUGGAGAUGCUGAGCCCUCCUCGGCCAUUUCCAACCCGGAGCUGGACGUGAGCGUGGAGCCCAGCGCAGAAACUUCCGGUUCUCCUACUCUGUUUGAAAUAGAGAAACUCAAAGUUAUGUUACAGGCAGAAAAAAAGAAAAGUGAACUGAUGGAAGAGACCAUAAAAGGUCUUAAACAGGACAAAACGCUGCUCCAGCAGGAAUUGACCAAAAAGGCAGAGUUAAUCUGUGACUUCCUCCAAGACCAGCUGAGUCACCGUCCAGAAAAGCGGAGGCCUCACGUUCCGAGCCAGCCGGAGCCCAGCGGCUCCAGCCAGCACAGCGGCGUCUUCCCCGACGAGGCCGUGUCGUUCGAGUCGCCCGUGCUUUUCGAUUCCUUCGAUGAGAUGGACAUACGUGCCGGCGAACGACAGAAGACCAUCAAGAGCUCAAAGAGAAGUAGGGAAGGGGAAAAUACUCGUGUUCGAAUGAAGAACGUAGUGGGUGUCAUCGCGAGGUACAUGACCGCUCUUCAGGAGUUCCGACGCAGCGUUUCCAUGAGGGUAGCCUUCGACAGGGUCGGCGUGGAUCGUAAUACCAUCUCCAGAACUGCCGCCAUUGCCGAGCUCAGCUUGGCCGCGCCAGAGGUCUUCCACUCUCUGGCCCCCUGGGACGAAAAGGAGGAGACACUGGCUCAUUACGCCAUACGGUGUCGACAGGCCAUGGACGACAACAUAAAAGCUAAGAUUAAAGCUAUGAAGGCUAAUGGAGACCUUCUGCCUAUUGUCAGUAAAUGAAUGCAUUCUGUACCCUCCAUUUUUGUUUUAACGCAUGCUAUAAAAUUUCUAGUGCCUAUUUUUAUUGCUAUAUUGUAAUUUUUAAAACAGUAAUGUGAAUUUUAUAGCAAUAAAAUUAGUGCUUUUAGAUUGGUUUCUCAUAAUGUCAUUACUUUAUUUAAAUUGUAAUGCUGUUUUUUGCCCCAAAAUUGGAUGGACUGUGACCGGAAAAUGUUUAGUGCAUUUUGUCAAAUGGUCAGUUACCUGGCAUCUGGGGUGGACUGGCUGUUUGGAAGGUGGGGAAUUUUCCCAGUGGGCUGGUCUUGAGGGCCCAGCAUUAUAUUCUCUCUAUAGCCUAGCACGGGAGCCCAACCCGUCGGCUGAUCAAUGUGUGUUUGCGGGUCAAUGGCAGGAGAUGAUUAAUGAAUAAUACUUUAUUUCAUUGGUGGCCCCUGGUUGAUCACGAUUGGCAAAAUAUACCACGGGAACCCCCCCCUCCCCAGUCCACCCCUGCCUGGCACGUUACUCACAGUAUGAAAUGCUUUCACUCCUCUGACCAAGUCAUUCUAAAAGCUGUUUUUCCUCAGACUACCACCACUAAAGAAAGGAGUGUCAUAGAUUUGUUUUGUAGUUAUUUGCAUCUAUGUCCUUUUGUAAAGCGCAAAACAUUAAAACGUAUUCCAACCAUUA